UCCCUUCCCCCAUUUCCGGGUCCCCGGAGAGGGAGACCCUGGGGUCUUGAAGAGAGUUCUGAGGUGCAGCUGGUCCGUGCUGUGCGAAGAAUGACAGGACAUUCCGGGCGGUGAACCUCUGGCCUGGGUGGCAAGGUGUAGAGAAAAGAUGUUGAAAGGUCAUCAGCAUCACGGCCGGCUUUCUAAGGAGCCUUUGGGGUUGAAGACAUGAUCCAUACUAGGAUUUAACUGGAGAUUGUCGCCAUUGCAGCACGCUGAAAUCUCGAAGUAGAACCUUGUGUCACUGAGGCAGAGCUCUGAGACAGUGUAACAUGGCCCAGGGCUUGAUUGAAGUGGAGCGGAAGUUUGUCCCAGGGCCUGACACGGAGGAAAGGCUGCAGGAGUUGGGGGGCAUCCUGGAGCACCGGGUCACCUUCCGAGACACCUACUAUGAUACUUCUGAGCUAAGCCUUAUGCGGUCUGACCACUGGCUGCGACAACGAGAAGGUAGUGGAUGGGAGCUCAAAUGCCCUGGAGGAGCGGGUAUCUCAGGACCCCACAAUGAGUAUGUGGAACUCACAUCGGAAUCUGCGAUUGUGGCCCAGCUCUUUGAACUGCUGGGGACUGGAGAGCUGGAGGCUGCAGGUGUGCCUGCCGUCUUGGGUCCCCUGAAGCUGCAGGAAGUAGCUAGUUUUAUAACUACACGAAGUUCCUGGAAGCUGGCCUUAUCUGGAGCCCAUGAACAGGAGGAGCCACUGCUCAGAGUGGAUCUGGAUUCGACAGACUUCGGCUAUGCUGUGGGUGAGGUAGAGGCCAUGGUUCGUGAGAAGGCUGAAGUAGGAGCUGCCCUAGAGAAGAUCUUGAGCUUCAGCAGCAAGCUCGGUGAGGGAGACGACAGGCCCUUCUGUGCUCAGCAGCAUGCUUGGAGUGCCAGCCCAGGAGAAGGCACCCGCCAAGCUCAUGGUGUACCUACAGCUCUUCAGGCCUCUGGACUAUCAGCGCCUGCUGGAAGCGAACAGUUCCGGCGAAGCCACAGGGGCCUCAGCGUCCUGACAGCAUUUGAUGGGAGCAGGGUUCACUUUCUAGGAGGGAAGGGGACUCUCGGAAGCCGCCAUCCACACCCGGACCCACUGUGCCCCUGCCCUCACCACAGGGCCGCUUUUGUCUCCAGUCCUGCCUGGUCUUUCCCCCCUUCUCAGCUCCCCUUCCUCAAGCCCUCCCUCACCGCUUGCUUCCCUCAUCCGUCAGAUGCAAUCUGUGGGCCGCCCCUCUCCCCUGGCCGCUAAGCAGCCUCCAUUGAUUUCCGCUCGUGUUUAUAGGAUUUCCACUUAGCCGUGAUCAGUAGUUAAGCACAGGAAAAUCCCUUGCCACCCCCCCCUCCCGUGGUCGAUGCCAUUGAUUCUGCCAGCAGCUCUGAAGCCGCCUUACAGCUGAGUUAGAGAUGCGGGGAAGCGGCAGGGAUUUCCCUGCCUUGGGGUGUAGGGAAUAGCAACAAGGUGGGGAAAUGGUUGGGAACUUGUGUUGGAAAUCUGGAAAUUCUGCUGGGUCUGUCACUGUGACCAGAGGGCGGCCUGCCCUGUGUGGCAGUUUAGAGAUAAGUUUUGCUCUCCAGCCCAGAGAGGGGUAGAAAGAAAAUUGUCACUGUUGAGACAGGUUCCUGGGGUUUCAGGAAGUCAUCCUUCUGUGGAAAAGGUUCUACCCUUGUUCCUACACAUUUUCUUUCUCACUAGGCCGAAAUAUACCUUUCUGCCCACCUCAGGUUUCAUAGGCUUUCAUUAUUUGUCGGGCAGGAGGCAGUCUCUUCAGAUUGUGGUGACAAAUUCAGAGCCAGAGUGCCACCUGCUGUCAGCCCUCAGGGCUGUGUUCCCAGCUGAGGGUGCAGAAAGAUUUCAGGUGAGCCGUGGCAGUUAGGAGGCAGGCUAGUUUAGGCCCCAGCUUAGCAACCCGGAACUCCGCUUGGUUUGAGCUGUACACGCCUCUCGUCUGACAACGCACUUGGCAUCCUCGGAGCCUCACCUGUAUGUGCUGUGUGCACACAUCCUUCUAACAACACACCUAGGCCCCCCACCUGCACUCAGUUACAUUUAUGUCCCACUUCAGACAAUGGAAUAAGCCUCUCCUCCCCCAGCAGACAUAGAAACUCUUCCCUUUGGUGGACAGUUUUUAUUCAAACAUUUUAGAACAUACCCGAGUAUGGAAAAUAGGGAGCUGAUUGGAUCAAGAUGGGUUUUUAAGGCAAAUCUUCUAUUUACCAUCCUGUGCCUAUGUAGAAUGAACAUAUGAGUAAAAUCAGAUGCAUCAUGGGAGGGGUCAUGCACAGUAAAGAAAGGCUUACAGAAUCCAAGCCUGUCAAUCAAAAUAGAGAACCAUUCAAAUUAUGCCACUUGGCAGUGACCACCUCCUUCCCGUAAGGCCAGGAAAUCAGAGCAGCACCAGGCAGUGACGUGAGUCCUGUGGCCACUGCUCUUCACGGUGUAUUCGGAUUUGUACUGCCACUUCGCUUUUGAAUAAAGUUGCCUUUCGACUUGCAA